GUGUCGUACACAGAGUGUCUUAAGUGGUUAUUCUAUGAUAGCUUGAUCGGAGUGCCCGCGGCCUGCACAGAGUCAUUUCGUCCCUGCGGCGAAAAGAGAUCACCGCUGACCGUCGCCACACAUACGAUGUGGCCUGUGGAAAUUAAUCGCUUUACAUGUAUGAUGUUGACUUGGACAACCAAUAGUCUAAUCAACGUUUCUCACAGCCUACUCUGUCCGACUGCUCAAAAAGGAUAUCGUGGUCUCAAAGAGUGAGACUUAAAACCGUGGCCUUCCGUUGAUAACAUCCUCAUAAGCUAGCAUCGGAAAGCAGAUCAUCACUUCUGUACCUUCAUCAGAUUCAUCUACCCUUGGCCAACCAACUUGUUGAUUAUGCUGGCAUCAGAAUCAACCGCCAUCAUUGCGCUCUUUGCCGCUCUGGCAUAUGCAGCGCCCGCUCCCACGAACGUCAAUCCGCGCGCCGGAGCUCCCACACCGGUACCUAUUCCCGACUCUUGCACGAUCACCAACACACUCCCAGCCCGAAGUGUUCUGGACGGGUAUAUCCCGAAGGAAUCAGUCAUAUUGAACGACCGCCUCUAUGAAUCGUACGCGCCAUCGAAUCCCGCGUUCGACAGGAAAAUGUGCUUCGAGCAAUGUCAUGGCUUUGGCGACUCCGCCGAUUGCAAGGCCGCUUACUGGGCGGAGAACUUCCCGGUUCCAUCCCGCUAUUACGGAGGAAGUGGCUACGCGACAGCUUGCAUAAUGUUUGGAAGGGAACUUACCGAAGACGACUUUGAGCCAGCUCCUGCGUCUCCCGGAACCGCCGAUUCUCCUCUCAAAUUGGCUACCACUCCCUACGCCAUCAACCUCCAGUGUUGAUGGAAUCCUGCCAAGGAUUCAUGCAGCAGCCGGAAAAUGGGUGUUUUAUAUUCUAAGACUCGCUGCGGACAUAAUCGUCUUCAUGACUUCGUCGCUUUUAUCGUGGCAUACUGCUUGGUGUUUGGCUUUAGCGUUUGUCGUGUGCUGGGUAGGAUGUAAUGGAAACGGAAUUGGGUAAUACAUCGUACAUAAUCAAUUUGAUUCUCAUUUCG